AUGAACGAGCCUUUACAGGAACCCGUUGCGUUUGAAGAUUUUCAGUUUAGUCUAGGACUUGACCCAGAGUUUGCUAUGCCUAUUCCACUUGAUAUGCCACCACCACCACCACCCAUGACAGAAAAUGAGAUAUUUUCUGUACAAGAUAUACCCACACCAAUGAAUAACGCUGUAUUAGAUGAACAUGAUCAUAAGGCUUUUAGUCAAUUUUUAGAUCAAUUUUUUGUUGACCCUACGAUGCAAAUUGAUUCACAAUUAAACAUGUAUGAACCACCACCCAUGUCACUUAAUUAUCAAGAAUAUCAUCGUCAAACACAUAUACUUCAAUCUUUGGAUGAGCAAAAGAGAUAUUUCAACCAAAAGGAUGAAAAGCCUGGGGUGGUUUACCUUCAGCAAAGCAAUAGUAUCACAGCACCUUAUAUAAAACCAGUUUUACGUGAGUCCUCUUCCACCACAACCAGCCCAAUAAAGGAAGAGGAAUACAGCAAUAAUGGCACAAGUAGCAGCCCUACCUCUGGUGGUGCCAUCAGAAGAGGAAAGCCUCAUAAAGAAUUAUUGACUGAAGAAGAAAAGAGAAGUAAUCAUAUUGCAUCAGAGCAAAAGAGACGUAGCAUGAUUCGAUCAGGAUUCAAGGAUCUGACUGAGAUUGUACCUACUCUCAAGAACAUUAAUAAUUCAAAGAGUACCGUAUUAUUCAAAGCGGUAGAUUAUGUUAAAUAUCUUGAAAAGAGAAACAGAAACCUGAGAGAAAAGAUCAAAAAUCUGGAAGUUCGUGUUGAAGUUGAAGGUCGUAUGGGUGUUUUAGGUCGAUAUAAUGGUAACUACCCACAAAAGACAACUGAUUCAGUAGCACCUGCUUCUGCGGCUUUACUUCAGCACAAAACUCAGCAAAGACAAUUGAUGGAAUUACAAGAAAAGUUACAACUACAUCAAAAGAUGAUUGCUCAACAGCAAAGAAGAUGGAAUGAUAAAGAAGUAGUAGAUAAUAAGCCUACUGUGUCUGCUUAA